UGGCCUCUUUUUCCUCCUCAUCCAUCCGCCUCUAGGGUUUCCUUGUUCUCCACGGUCCUCGUUGUAUCCGUGUUCUUUCUGCAAUAAUCUUCUGCCAGAAAAACUUCCUUGGCUUUGGAGGCGAGAGGAUCGGCAACAUAUAGGCGAAGCAGCAGCAGCAGACUCAGCAGGCUUUUAGAUCAUAUUGUUGAUGAAUUAAUGGAGUCAAAAGGUGGGAAAAAGUCUAGUAGUAGUAGUUCGUUACAGUACGAAGCUCCCCUCGGCUACAGCAUUGAAGACGUUCGACCACACGGGGGAAUCAAGAAGUUCCAAUCUGCUGCUUACUCCAACUGCGUGAGGAAGCCAUCCUACCCUGCCCCACUCUCUGCAAUUGGGUUCGAGGGGUUUGAGAAACGUUUAGAGAUCACCUUCUCUCAGGCAUCCAUCUUUGCUGACCCUCGUGGUCAAGGACUGCGUGCCCUUUCUCGGGCACAGAUUGACUCUGUUUUGGACUUGGCACGCUGCACCAUUGUGUCUCAGUUGGCCAAUGAGGAUUUUGAUUCCUAUGUUCUGUCUGAGUCGAGCCUCUUCAUCUACCCUUACAAGAUCAUUCUGAAGACUUGCGGGACUACUAAGCUCCUCCUUUCCAUUCCUAGAAUCCUUGAGCUUGCGGCAGAGCUUUCGCUCUCUCUUAUUUCUGCAAAGUACUCGCGGGGGACCUUUAUUUUCCCAAGUGCCCAGCCAUCACCACAUCGCAGCUUCCCUGAGGAAGUCAAUAUCCUGAAUGGCUUCUUUGGCAGUCUGAAAUCUGGUGGUAAUGCAUACGUUAUUACUGAUCCAUCAAUGCCAAACCGCAAAUGGCACAUCUACUAUGCUACUGAGAAGCCAGAGACGCCUAUGGUUACUUUGGAGAUGUGUAUGACUGGAUUGGACAAUGGCCGUGCAUCAAUUUUCUACAAGGACUCCAUUGCUACAUCUGCCAGUGAGAUGACAAAGCUCUCUGGGAUCUCUCAGAUCAUCCCUGAGAUGCAGAUUUGCGACUUUGAUUUUGAGCCAUGUGGUUACUCUAUGAAUGGGAUAUGUGGCCCUGCUCUCUCUACAAUUCAUGUAACACCGGAGGAUGGUUUCAGCUAUGCAAGCUAUGAAGCCAUGGGCAUCAAUCCUCAGUCCUCAUCAUACCAUGACUUGGUCGAGAGGGUCCUCACAUGCUUUGGCCCCUCUGAGUUCUCAGUUGCUGUCACCAUAUUUGGAGGAUGCGGGCAUGCCUCUUCUUGGGGAAAGAAAGUCGACAUAUGUGGCUAUACAUCCGGUGAAAUUAUAGAGCAGGUGCUGCCAGAUGGGGGAUUACUUGUUUACCAGACAUUUUCUGCUUCCCCAGUUUCUGCUGUCUCACCGAGGUCCAUCCUGCAUCACUGGGCGAGAGAUGACCAGGAGAUUGAAAAAGAUGAUGAAUGGUUUGUGAUGAUGAAGAGAGGAAAUGAUUAGACUGAGGUUUGGAGAAUGGGUCUCCUUUAAUUUCUCUUACUUAUUAGUAAAGCAGUCAGCCAGUAGUUUGUGGUUACUCCUUUGAGUCGUAUGCUAUGAUGCAAUGCCUUACAAUUCAUAAUCAAUGCUCUAGGUGGUUUGCUCCCAUGUCUUCCACAAUGAGCAUUGAGUAGUAGUCUGUCUCUUGAUCAUGUUCUUGUUGCUGUCAAUAAAAGUUCUUUAUCAAAACAAA